AGGACACGCUAGACCUGAUCUAAGCCUAAAGCCAGUUUAGGGGCGCUUUUAGGCACGCCCUCUGCGGCUCCCCUGCCCCAGCGCCCCUCUAAAAUCAAAACCCACCCACUCAGCCGUUCCAACUAAGGCUGGUAUCUUGCUAAGCACCUGGGCCAUCCAAAUUUCUGGCCGUCGCACGCCCCCAGUCCCGAAACAAGCAGCACAGCACCACAGCUGGCAGAGGCAGAGAGGUACUGGGCACCGGCACUCUCAGAGCUCCGCCUGCUCCCCUUCACUUGCCCGCCAAUCCUGCUUUUCCUUGGUUCCUGUUCUCGCCUCCUCCUGUUCAAACUUGAACGAGCCUUGCCUCUCCAUUCUGUCGUUUCUUUUUCAAAUCUUCUCCUAUCGCUUUCUCCCCUUCACUCGCUUCUAUCGCUGCGAGGACAGGCAGGUGCAUAGGGUCGCUGUUGUUUACAGAGGUCCUAGGGAGCUAUCAAGCCUGGGAAGUGGUCAGCCUUCACUGCAGCCAGUCGACAAGCCACGCCUGCCGUGAACGCGCGCUCUGCAGCUGCAUUGGCUGAGCAACCAACGCUCUCCCCCUUCAUUCGUUUCACAACAACCACCACCGCGACACCAGCAUCCUCUUCACCUGCGAUUUUGACGUUUGUUUCUAAUCGUCUACCCGCCACCGUCCUGUUCAACCUCAGGACAGACAAGCCGGCAGCUUGGCGGUCAUUCUAAGCAACGUUUUUCACCAUCAUUUCCCUCGGCGCUCCUCCUAGGAAGACAUUCGCUGCUCAUAACUGCCUCAUCGCAUAAUAUCACCACUACUUCAAAAACCACAGAUCUUGUAUAGUCAAAAGAGGCUGGUUGAUGGGACUGUUUUAAGAAAUCUCGCUCAACAUGUCUGGUCAUCCUCCACCCCAGCAGGGUCAGCAUGACGAUGGCUAUGGCCAGCAACCGCACGGUAACGAUGCCUAUUAUCAAGAUGACAAUGGGUACCAUGAUCAAUAUGACUAUGGUCACAAUCAAUAUGGCGAAGGCUAUUAUGAUGAAUCUGGCUACUACAACGCAGAUGCCUCGAACCCCUACCACAACGACGGCGGUUACUAUGAAGGUCACCAAGGCUACCAAGACGAUUACUACGACGGCCAGUAUUAUGAUCAAGGAGCUGCAGGCCAGCAACAAUACCAAGGUGGUCAACGCCCAAGACGCCGUGGUCAGGAUUCCGAGGAAGAUUCCGAGACUUUCAGCGAUUUCACCAUGAGAUCGGACAUGGCUCGGGCCGCCGAAAUGGAUUACUACGGCCGGGGCGACGAGCGAUACCAUAGCGGUUAUGAAGGACAGGGAGGCCGUGGCUACAGACCGCCCUCUUCACAGAUCUCAUAUGGUGGUAACCGAUCUUCUGGUGCCUCGACCCCGAUCUACGGCAUGGAUUACAACAGCACUCUGCCUGCUGGCCAACGCUCCCGCGAGCCCUACCCAGCCUGGACUUCGGAUGCGCAGAUUCCCUUGUCAAAGGAGGAGAUUGAGGACAUUUUCCUCGAUCUCACAGCCAAAUUCGGCUUCCAACGGGACAGCAUGCGUAACAUGUACGAUCACAUGAUGACACUCCUUGACUCGAGAGCUUCUCGCAUGACGCCUAACCAGGCCUUGUUGUCUUUGCAUGCCGACUACAUCGGAGGUGACAACGCCAACUACCGCAGGUGGUACUUUGCGGCUCAUCUGGACCUCGACGACGCAGUCGGGUUCGCCAACAUGAAACUCGGAAAGGCCAAUCGUCGAACUCGCAAGGCACGAAAGGCCGCCGCCAAAAAGGCAAAAGAGAACCCAGAAAACGAAGAACAAGUUCUGGAAGCCAUGGAAGGGGAUAAUUCCCUUGAGGCUGCUGAAUACCGCUGGAAGACGCGCAUGAACAAGAUGUCCCAGCAUGAUCGCGCUCGGCAAAUUGCGCUUUACCUGCUUUGCUGGGGUGAGGCCAACCAAGUCCGUUUCAUGCCUGAGACUCUUUGUUUCAUCUUCAAAUGCGCGGAUGAUUACCUCCACUCCCCUGCUUGCCAGAACCGCGUGGAGCCGGUCGAAGAGUUCACCUAUCUGAACAACGUCAUCACGCCGUUGUACAGCUACAUCAGAGAUCAGUGCUACGAGAUCAUCGACGGCAAGUAUGUUCGGCGCGAGAAGGACCACAACAAGGUCAUUGGGUAUGACGAUAUCAACCAGCUAUUCUGGUACCCUGAGGGUAUUGAGAGAAUUGUCCUCGAAGACAAAACUCGGCUCGUUGAUCUGCCUCCUGCCGAAAGAUAUCUGAAGCUUCACGAGGUGAACUGGAAGAAGGUCUUUUUCAAGACGUACAAGGAGACCAGAUCCUGGUUCCACUUGGUCGUCAACUUCAACCGUAUCUGGGUCAUCCACUUGACAGCUUUCUGGUUCUACACGGCUUUCAACUCCCCAACACUGUACACCCACAAGUAUCAGCAGCAGCUCAACAACAAACCACACGCUGCUGCUCAGUGGUCUGCUGUUGGAUUGGGUGGUACGGUGGCGACAUUGAUCCAGAUUAUUGCAACUCUAUGUGAAUGGUCGUAUGUGCCCCGAAGAUGGGCUGGCGCUCAGCACCUAACGAAACGACUCCUCUUCCUGCUUGGUGUCUUCGUUAUCAAUAUCGCGCCCAGCGUCUACAUUUUCGGAUUCAGCCAGACGUCAAAAAUUGCUCUGAUCCUCGGUGUUGUCCAGUUCCUCGUUGCUCUGGCUACGUUCUUCUUCUUCUCGAUCAUGCCACUUGGUGGGCUGUUUGGAAGCUAUCUCACAAGGAACUCUCGCCGCUAUGUUGCCAGUCAGACCUUCACGGCUUCUUACCCCCGGUUGAGAGGCAACGACAUGUGGAUGUCUUAUGGCCUUUGGAUCAUGAUUUUCGCUGCAAAGUUCUCGGAAUCGUACUUCUUCCUGACGCUGUCAUUCCGAGAUCCGAUCAAGAUCCUGUCUUACACCAAAAUCCGCCACUGCCAGGGUGAUGCCAUUCUCAAGACGUACCUCUGCAAGUACCAACCACAGAUUCUGCUUGGCAUCAUGUUUUUCACCGAUUUGAUCCUGUUCUUCUUGGAUACCUAUUUGUGGUACAUCAUUUGGAACACGGUCUUUUCAGUGGCGCGGUCUUUCUAUCUUGGUGUUUCCAUCUGGUCGCCAUGGCGAAAUAUCUUCUCGCGACUGCCCAAGCGUAUCUACUCGAAAAUCCUUGCCACGACUGACAUGGAGAUCAAAUACAAGCCAAAGGUGCUGAUCUCGCAAGUGUGGAACGCUAUUGUCAUCUCUAUGUACCGAGAACAUCUCUUGGCCAUCGACCAUGUGCAAAAGCUCUUGUACCACCAAGUGCCGUCAGAACAGGAGGGUAAGCGCACCCUUCGUGCCCCGACCUUCUUCGUGUCACAAGAGGAUCACUCCUUCAAGACCGAGUUCUUCCCAGCUCAGAGUGAGGCCGAACGUCGUAUCUCUUUCUUCGCGCAGUCUCUCUCCACGCCUAUACCAGAGCCGCUGCCCGUGGACAACAUGCCAACUUUCACCGUCCUCAUUCCUCACUACAGCGAGAAGAUCCUCCUCUCAUUGCGCGAAAUCAUUCGCGAGGAUGAGCCAUACUCUCGUGUCACACUUCUAGAGUACCUGAAGCAGCUUCAUCCGCAUGAAUGGGACUGCUUCGUCAAGGAUACCAAGAUUCUUGCGGAUGAGACCUCCCAGUUCAAUGGCGACUACGAGAAGUCCGAGAAGGAUACCGCAAAGAGCAAGAUUGAUGAUUUGCCGUUCUACUGCAUCGGUUUCAAGUCUGCUGCUCCCGAGUACACACUUCGAACUCGUAUUUGGGCUUCACUGCGUUCUCAGACUCUCUACCGAACGAUCUCCGGUUUCAUGAACUACAGCAGAGCCAUCAAACUGUUGUACCGUGUCGAAAAUCCUGAGGUGGUUCAAAUGUUCGGUGGUAACUCUGACAAGCUUGAGCGCGAACUCGAACGCAUGGCUCGCCGGAAGUUCAAAAUUGUAGUGUCGAUGCAGCGUUAUGCCAAGUUCAAGAAGGAGGAACGCGAAAACACCGAAUUCUUGCUCCGCGCCUAUCCCGACUUGCAGAUCGCCUACUUGGAUGAAGAACCCCCGCAGAAUGAAGGCGAGGAGCCACGACUCUACUCUGCUCUUAUUGAUGGCCACUCGGAACUCCUCGACAAUGGCAUGCGACGACCGAAGUUCCGCGUUCAGCUUUCUGGCAAUCCUAUCCUUGGUGACGGCAAAUCUGAUAACCAAAACCAUGCCAUCAUCUUCUACCGUGGCGAAUACAUCCAGCUUAUCGAUGCUAACCAGGACAAUUACCUGGAGGAGUGCCUGAAGAUCCGAAGCGUGUUGGCCGAGUUCGAGGAAAUGACCACAGAUAAUGUCUCACCAUACACUCCUGGAAUCAGUCAAGCCAAGGCCAACCCUGUUGCUAUUGUCGGUGCUCGCGAGUACAUCUUCUCCGAAAACAUCGGUGUCCUUGGUGACGUCGCUGCUGGUAAGGAACAGACUUUUGGCACGCUCUUUGCUCGUACCCUGGCGCAAAUUGGCGGCAAGCUCCAUUACGGCCAUCCUGAUUUCCUCAACGGCAUUUUCAUGACCACUCGCGGCGGUGUUUCCAAAGCUCAGAAAGGCCUUCACCUCAACGAAGAUAUCUACGCGGGUAUGAACGCUCUGAUCCGUGGCGGACGUAUAAAGCACUGUGAAUACUACCAGUGUGGCAAAGGUCGUGAUCUUGGCUUUGGCUCCAUCCUCAACUUCACUACCAAGAUUGGUACCGGUAUGGGUGAACAGAUGUUGUCUCGAGAGUAUUACUACCUCGGAACUCAACUCCCACUGGACCGCUUCUUGUCAUUCUACUACGCCCAUCCCGGUUUCCACAUCAAUAACAUGUUCAUCAUGUUGUCUGUGCAGAUGUUUAUGAUCGUUCUGAUCAACCUGGGAGCGCUGAGGCACGAGACCAUCGUUUGUCACUACAACCGCAAUGUGCCAGCCACCGAUCCGCUGAAGCCUACUGGUUGCACGAACCUGACGCCAAUUAUGGACUGGGUCGAGCGCUGCAUUGUAUCCAUCUUUAUCGUCUUCUUCAUCUCCUUCGUCCCGUUGGUUGUACAAGAAUUGACUGAACGUGGAUUCUGGCGCGCGGCUACUCGUCUGGCUAAGCACUUUGCCUCAGCCUCGCCAAUCUUUGAGGUGUUUGUCUGUCAAAUUUACGCCAGCUCGAUUCAACAGGAUCUCUCCUUUGGCGGCGCUCGUUACAUCGGUACUGGUCGUGGUUUCGCCACCGCCCGUAUUCCGUUCGGAGUUCUGUACUCGCGCUUCGCUGGGCCUUCGAUCUACCUGGGUGCUCGGUCGUUGAUGAUGUUGCUGUUCGCAACCAUCACGGUCUGGGGAGGAUGGUUCCUGUGGUUCUGGUUCUCUCUAUUGGGUCUCUGCAUCUCGCCUUUCAUAUUCAACCCUCACCAGUUUGCCUGGAACGACUUCUUCAUCGAUUACCGAGACUACUUGCGAUGGCUCUCCCGUGGCAAUUCGCGUUCGCACGCUUCUUCCUGGAUUGCCUUCUGCAGACUGUCGCGUACGCGUCUGACAGGAUUCAAGCGCAAGGCCCUUGGCUCUCCGUCUGAGAAGCUAUCUGGAGAUGUUCCUCGGGCACACUUCACUAGCUUCUUCUUCAGCGAGAUCGUGGGCCCCUUCGUGCUCGUUUGCCUCACGCUGAUUCCCUAUCUCUUCGUCAAUGCGCAAACAGGUGUCACUGCCGACGUCAAGCCGGCCACGAACUCUCUUAUCCGUGUGGCAAUCGUGGCGUUUGGCCCCAUUGCUGUCAAUGCUGGUGUGCUUGCCGGUUUGUUCGGCAUGGCUUGCUGUAUGGGUCCCGUCCUGAGCAUGUGCUGCAAGAAGUUCGGAUCUGUUCUUGCUGCCAUCGCACACGCCGUCGCAGUCAUCAUGCUCUUUGCUUUCUGGGAGGUCAUGUUCUUCCUCGAGGGAUGGAUCUUCGCCAAGGCACUACUGGGCAUGAUUGCCGUGGUCGCGAUCCAGCGGUUCGUGUACAAACUGAUUAUUGCUCUUUGCUUGACCCGAGAAUUCAAGCACGAUUCGUCCAACAUAGCUUGGUGGACUGGCAAAUGGUACUCGAUGGGUUGGCACUCGAUGUCGCAACCGGGGCGCGAAUAUCUCUGCAAGAUCACGGAGCUCGGAUUCUUCGCCGCCGAUUUCAUCCUUGGACACACCAUCUUGUUCAUCCUCUUGCCAGCCCUCUGCGUUCCUUACAUCGACAAAUUCCACUCGGUGAUGCUCUUCUGGCUGCGUCCCAGCCGCCAAAUUCGUCCACCGAUCUAUUCCAUCAAGCAGUCUCGUUUGCGCAAGAGGCGUGUCAUUCGCUACGCCAUGUUGUACUUCCUCAUCCUCAUUGUGUUCAUUGUCCUCGUCGUUGGACCCGUCAUUGUGCGCAAGUACAUCAAGGGUCUCCCUAGCAUCCCGAUGAAACUGCUUCAGCCCACUGGACAAAACAACAACGACACAAUGACCGGCAUCACCGGUUCUGCUCUCCUCAAUUUCGGACAAGAUGCUACGGCCGCCGGUACGGAUGCCGCCGCUGCAGCUGCCACCACCUCGUCAGACUCCAACGAUCCUUUCAGCUUUGGAGGUGGCAGGUUCGUUCGAUGGUAAAUACCGCGAGCUUAACUGCGAAGCGGUGCCAGUAUACAUUGCUGCGAAGAGGAGUUGCAUGACACGGCAGAAACGGUGGAAGAUCUGUCGUUGGAACGUGGCAGGGAGCAGCACCCCAUGACAAGUAAUGAACGAAACGGCAUAGACGAGCAGCCUUUCACAAAACAGAUAGGUGCUUUUGCAGCAGGGGUUCUUUUUUCUUUUUCUUUUUUUACUUGUGCACUGUGGCAAUCAUUGGGGAGUGGCGCUGAAGUGAUUGGAACAUGGUUUACUUUGUGUUCGUUAGAAUAGCCGUACUGUACAUGAAGGCAAUGGUCAAUUUGCAAAAGUCGGCAAACGAUGAUACUCGACUCCUGGAGCCCGUGCUCGUCUCUCUGGAUAAUGGUACUGUAUAAACUACCUAUAGUAGCUGCCUGGUAAGAUGACUGUUUGAGAGUCUGGGUGGGAGUGGUCGGAGAUUGGAUUUCCC